GACAGUAGAUUGUCAUCUUUUUGACAGAAAGCCCAUUCCAUAUAAGUAAACACUACUUUAUGGUGUGUUUACAAAGUUGAUGUAGGGAAUAUUAUUACAAAGCGAGUCGUUAAGUGGUGGUUUUGUAUUUGUGAAAAAGUUGUGUCUGUCUAGGUCUAGUUGUCUAGUUUCAAAAUGAACAAGUGUCGUGCUGUGGGUUGCUGUAAUUUGCAGGGUGAUGUCGGCAUUCAUUUUUUUCGAUUUCCAAUUGACGAAAAAAGAUGCAUGCAGUGGAAGAAAUUCGUGGAGUUUGUUGGCGAUGUUCCUCCAGAAAAAUGUCACAAAAACAUGAGAUUGUGUCAUUUUCACUUCGAUGAGAAAUAUUUUACAUCAACCAGAAAAAACCGCCUAUAUAAAGAUGCAAUCCCCACAAUUCGUUCAGUUGAUGUACCCGCGACAUCGGGAAAUGCUUAUACAAGUGAGGACGUGAAACCUCUACGUCAGGGUGAACUUGAAGAAGAUUCGAAAAUCUGUAUGAUCGAGGAAUCUUUUGAUAGGGAAAAUUAUAUGGAACCAUUGGCGAUAAAACUUGAAUUAGAUGAAGAAGCUCCAAAUUUGGAAAAAGCUUACAAAGAUGAAGAUGAGGCAGUGUCAAAUACUGAUUAUUCUCACUCAUUUGAUGGAGGAUAUGGCUUGUUUGAAAGUGGAAGGCAAAUCAAGAUGGAGGUGAAAUCUGAACCGAGUGAAGCUGAAAUGUUCAGUGAAUGUGAAAGAAAUGGCGAUGCCUCUAAUACUAACAUGUCUACCAACGAUUUGGACGAAAACGAUGAAUUGAAAGUAAAUAUGCCUAUAGAUAAGUUUGAUCCAGACGAAAUUAAAGUUGAAGAAACUUGUUUUAUUCCUUAUUUUGAUCUCAAAUCUGAAAAGUGCGAGAAGGCAAUUAAGGAAGGUUCCAAUUUGAAAGCAUGUGAAGAAGAAUUAUUUAGUCAUGAAAAUGGGUCCAGUAAUAGCUGGAGAAACCAUAAUGAGUCUCGCGCUAUACUACUUGAAAAUAUAACGGAGGAUUCGAAGCCUUCUGUUGGUUUUACCAAGGAUAUUGGAAACAUCCUUGUUGAAACAAAGGAAAAAACUAUAUUUGACGAGAAGGAAGAGAUUUUCAUUGAAAAUAUUCCAUCAGCUCCGGAUGAAAUGAAGUUUGUUGUUGAAGAUGACUAUGUUGUUAAACAUGAAAUGGAACCAACGACAGAGAGGAUUAAUGAACAAUACAAUUCUGCAAAUUUAGAAACCAGUGAAAGAUCUCAUAGUGAAGAAAAACCAUUUCAGUGUAAAAUGUGCUCAAAAUCAUUUACUAAAGCUGAUGUUUUAAAACACCAUGAAAAAUUGCAUACUGGGGAAAAACCAUUUCAAUGUAAAAUAUGCUCAAAGUCAUUUGUUCGAAAUAAUCGCUUAAAAAUUCAUACUGGCGAAAAACCAUUCCAGUGUAAAUUCUGCUCCAAAUCAUUCAUUCAAGAAAGUAAUUUGAAAUACCAUGAAAAGAUACAUACAGCUGAAAAGCCAUUUCAGUGUAAAAUUUGCUCCAAAUCAUUUGCUAAACCUAGUGCUUUGAAAGACCAUGAAAAAAUUCACACCAAAGAAAAAGAAUUUCAGUGUAACAUAUGCUCAAUGUCAUUCAUUCGAAAUAGUGAAUUAAUAAAACACGAAAGAACCCAUUCUGGUGAAAAACCGUUUCAGUGUCAAAUAUGCUCAAAAUCCUUCAGUCGAAGUGAUAAUUUGAAAUGCCAUGAAAAAAUUCACACUGGAGAGAAAGCAUUUCAGUGUAAAAUAUGCUCAAAGUCAUUCAUUCAAAAUAGCGAAUUAAUUAGGCAUGAAAGAACUCAUUCUGGUGAAAAACCGUUUCACUGUCAAAUAUGUUCAAAAUCGUUCAGUCGAAGUGCUCAUUUGAAAUACCAUGAAAAAAUUCAUACUGAGGAAAAAUCAUUUCAGUGUGAAAUCUGCUUAAAAGCAUUCUUUCACAGUCAUAGUUUGAAACGCCAUGAAAAAAAUCAUACUGGCGAAAAAUCUUUGAAGUGUAAAGUCUGCUCAAAAUCAUUCAAACACGGCAGUUAUUUGAAAUACCAUGAAAAGAUUCAUACUGAAGAAAAACCAUUUCAGUGUAAAAUUUGUUUGAAAUCGUUCAUUCGAAAUAGUGAAUUAAUUACUCAUGAAAGAACUCAUUCUGGUGAAAAACCGUUUCAGUGUCAAAUAUGCUCAAAAUCUUUCAGUCGAAGUGGUGAUUUGAAAUGCCAUGAAAAUAUUCAUACUGGAGAAAAACCCUUUCAGUGUAGAAUAUGUUCAAAGUCAUUCGUUCGAAAUAGUGAUUUAAUUAAACAUGAAACAACUCAUUCUGGAGCAAAGCCGUUUCAGUGUAAAUUUUGCUCAAAAUCGUUCAGCCGAAGUGAUAAUUUGAAAUGCCAUGAAAAUAUUCAUACUGGCGAAAAAUCUUUCAAGUGAAAGGAUGCUCAAAAUCAUUCAUUCACGGCAGUGUAACAUAUGCUCAGUCAUUCAUUCCAAAUAGAUAAUUAAUUACACAUGAAAAGACUCAUUCUGGUAAAAAACCGUUUCAGUGUCAAAUAUGCUCAAAAUCAUUCAGUCGUAGUGAUAAUUUGAAAUGCCAUGAAAAUAUUUAUACUGGCAAAAAACCUUUCAUGUAAAAUAUACUCAAAGUCAUUCAUUCUAAUAACUUAUUUGAGAAAUCAUGGAAAAAGUCCAUAUCUUGGACAAAACAUCUGAGUGUAAAAUCGUUCAGUCGAAAUUGCCAUUUAAGGUCUCAUGAAAAAAAUCAUAUUAGGUAAAAGCUAUUUUAUUUUGAAAUUUAGUCAAAAAUAAAUAUAGAUUUUUGAAACUAUAGUUACACUUUUAACUCGUCUGAGUAUCAGGUAUUAGUUGAACUGGUAGUCAGCAGUUCAAUUGAAUAAACUUUUAUUUGUGGUUUAAAUAAAGUGUAAAGUGUGGUUGAAUAAAGUGAUAUUGAAGUA